CAAAAAAGGAAGAGAAAAAGGCCCUUAUUCCUUCACCUCGCAUCCUAUGAUUUCUCUUCCAAAACCCUAAAAGAAAGUCCUUCUUGCCAUCUCUCUCUGACGCCAUGGCCUCAAUGCAUUUCGCUAUAUUUACUCUCUUCACAAUGCUCUUCAUAAACCCACAUCCAUCGUCAGCUUCACCUUUCCCCAUUUCUGUAAACGAAAAAAACAUUUACGACAUUCUCAACUCCCAUGGCCUCCCUGUUGGUCUUUUACCCAAAGGAAUUACCAAUUUUUCAAUGGAUCCAUCAUCGGGACACUUCGAGGUGCAUCUACCGCAAUCUUGUGCUGCCCAAUUCGAAACCCAUUUACGGUACGAUAGCACCGUGUGUGGGACCCUCAAUUAUGGUCAGAUUUUAAACAUUUCUGGUGUUGCGGCUCAGGAAUUAUUUCUUUGGUUCGCUGUCAAAGGGAUCCGUGUAGAUAUUCCUAGUUCUGGGUUGAUUUAUUUUGAUGUUGGCGUUGUCUCUAAGCAGUUUUCUCUUUCUUUCUUCGAGACCCCACGUGAUUGCACCAUUACGGAUAAUGAACUGCCUGAAAAUCUCGUUUUGUUUGACAAUCGCGGACGAACUAUUGAGACUCUACCAAGGAAGAUAAUUAAAGAACGUCCCCAGGAGAGUAUAGCCCAAGCUGUUUCCUAAGUUGGAGAGGAAGAAAGCUUAGUCGAGGAUGAGGAUAAGGACAUGUCGAUGAAUUCUUGGUUCUUCCUGAAGGAGCAUAUCCAAGAGUUUGUUUUCACCCUGUGUGAUUGGUAAAUCUGACAUUCGCACCAUCCCAUUUUCCCUAAAUGCUACAGCUACCACUGAGUAAGUUGGCGUAAUGUUGUUGAAGUGGAGGAUUUCAAGGUAAUGGUAGCCAGGUUCCUGCUGGUGAUGUAUGACGCUAGAGUAUUGAUUUUGUAUUUGUAUAGUUGACCAAGUAUAUGAUUUUGUUCUAACCAUAUAAAAGCCUAGCAUACUUGCAGUUUAUGUAAAUUGAAAUAGUGACAAAUGUCUAAAUUUGAAGUUAAGAUAAAUCUUUUGCUAGCUCA